AUGGCAGAGAACACGAGGCUCGGUACGCUCAUCAGAGUCUCCCUAAAGCUUCGACCAAGUCGCGAAAACGAGGUAGAACCAACACUAAAGCUAAAGGCGAUUGCGACUAAACAGAAGACGCAUGGGAAACGCUACGUGUAUCGAUUCGACUUCACCGGUCUUUUGGCUAACCUACACCAGUCUACUGUACAACUGCCUGCCUUAGAUGCCGCUUCAACCUCUUUUGAGUCCUGCUUAAGCCAAAAAGAACCCAAACUAGGCUACGAUUCAAAUGAAAUAGGACAGAUGAUUAAAUCGACAGAGCAAACUAGGUCUUGCUCGCAUAUUAAGCAGAGCAUCUUCCAGGUCCCCAAUUCAAGAAGCCGCCCGCAUCCAGCCUCCCAAGGCCUUGCGGUAAAACCGAUUAGAGUCUGGCAGGAGCGUUGGUGGCGAAAGGGCAGAGAUAGAAUUAAAGGACUUGAUCUCGAGAUCAAUGAGGAUAUUGGUGGCCAUCUCUGCGGCGAUAGUACAAAUGGGACUAUUGAAAAAAGCCGUAUGCAAACAGAGAAAUCAUUAUUGACAAGUCCAUCCACUUCCCCGAAGAAGUCUAGAGCUCAGACAAUGAGUGGUAGUCUAAAAAUGAAUAGUAUGCACAACAAGAGAGAUAUUUCUCGAGGUGAACAUAGUCUGAGACGAAGAAACGUUGCAGGAGGGCUAAAGAGAGUCUCCAGAGGGUUAGAAAGCGCAUGCCCCGAAGGACCAUCGAAGAAGCAAGAACAAUCAUCCAUCUGGCCUACUUCCUGGGAGUCAACCAACAUCCUUUGGUUAUCCACGGGUGGCCGACCUUGGGGAGAGCAUAGCGAAAACCACGAUACACCUAUGAAGCAAGCUUUACUUUUUGAAUCGACGUCUCGUCCAUCUGUGGUCCAACAAGAGGAUCACUCGUGGCUGGAUUCUGAAGCUUGUCAACAGACUGACGGCGCCGGAACAGCCGAAUUAAAUAACUGGUUGAAGGAGGCAGCUGCCUACAUGCAAUGGUUAGGAGGCUUGAGUCUCGCAAGCCAACUCGUACGCUGGUCAGAGUUGGCUGCACUCCCUCAGGAUCAUUAG